AUGACGGCUGGUACACCUGUUGCACUGUUCGCAUUUGUGGUGGUGCCGGCUGUCCCCCUGCACCUUGCGGGUAUGGAACAAUUGGGGCACGGCCUUGUUGUUGAAGCUGUACACGGAUCGGUCCACCUCCGGGCUGAACCUGCUGCUGUUGCUGUGGCCCACCGCCUCCUCGUGAACUCAGAGCCGCAAUCAGAUGCGAUGGUCCCCCAGGUUGAUUUGGCUGUUGCAUCUGCUGUCCGUCGGACAUCGCGACUAAAACGUUUGAUAUUUGAUUUACGACUUUUUAUCUCACAAAAUCAUAUGACGAACAGGCAAUAUGUGCUCGAUUGA